ACCCAGCGAUUUUAGAACAUGGCUGCGCCCGCAGGAUCGAAAGAGAGCGGCACGUCCCUCGGCAGAUCAUUCUGCAAACUGUGUCUUUUAAUUUUUAUCGUCUUCACGUCGUUGUUUUUAGUAUGUUUAAUACGAGCCCUGACUUUUGAAAAUCGAGAGAUAGAUUACAAACCGUGCAAAGUCACGGAUGAAGACUACAUUCGUGCUGAUGGUAAAGUUGUUGACCGGCUUGUUCAUUCACUUCGUUUUAAAACGGUGUCGACAUCGAAGCAUGAGUACAAUCGGGACGAGCUGCUCAAGUUUCAGUUUUUUCUAAAGAGAGAAUUUCCUACCGUCCAUAAUUCUUCAUUAGUGAAACAUGAAGUGGUAAAUGGUUACAGUCUGCUGUAUGAAUUACCAGGCACGAACCCAGAAUUGAAGCCAUAUCUUCUUGCCGCUCACCUUGAUGUUGUACCUGCCUCAGACGAGGGCUGGGAACAUCCACCAUUUGACGGAGUCAUCACAGAAGACGGUCAUCUCUAUGGGCGAGGAACGCUGGAUAACAAAGAUGGCGUUCUGGGUAUUCUUGAAGCCUUGGAAUUCCACUUAAAAAGAGGAUUCAAGCCCAAGAGGACUCUGUUUGUUGCUCUAGGCCAUGAUGAAGAGGUUGGAGGAGAUGAUGGAGCCGCACACAUGGCACAGAUGCUGAAGGACAGAGGCAUUCAACUAGAGUUUGUGAUAGAUGAGGGCAUGCCUAUCCUGAGUGCUGGCCUGCCAAUGAUUGACAAGCCAGUUGCCAUUAUAGGAGCUGCAGAGAAAGGCUACGUGACACUGGAAUUCAAGGUGGAAGUACCAGGCGGCCAUUCCUCUAUGCCGCCUCCUGAAACCAGCAUUGGCAUUUUAUCCAAAGCAUUAGCAAGGUUAGAAGCUUCGCCUCACCCUGAUUUGUUUGGUUAUGGCCCUGAGGCUGCCAUGAUGGAGCACAUGGCACCGCAUAUGUCCUUUCUCGGUAAAUUUGUGAUGACCAACCUGUGGCUUUUUGGACCUCUUGUUUCCAGAGCCCUGGCCAGUAAACCUGCAACAAACGGCCAGGUGAGGACUACCACGGCCAUUACAGUGUUCAACUCAGGAAUAAAGGACAAUGUUCUCCCUCCAGUAGCCACAGCCUAUGUAAACCACAGAAUACAUCCAGCACAGUCCAUUCAGGAUGUUAUAGACUAUGACAAGGCAGUUAUCAAUGAUGAGAGAGUCCAGAUAAAAUUAUCCCGGUCUGUUAUGAACAGAGAGCCAUCCCCUAUCUCCCCUACAGGCCCAGAAGACUUUGGCUACCAGAUAAUUAGGUCAAGUGUGAAGCAGGUGUUUCCAGAUGCUGUCACUGUACCAGGUAUUCUGAUGGGAAACACAGAUACAAAGCACUACCUGGACCUGACUAAGUCUGUCUACCGAUUCCUGCCUGCCGUUCUUGUGCCUGAAGAUUCAAAGAGAAUUCAUGGAUUCAAUGAGAGAAUCGCCGUACAGAACUUUGAGCAAAUAAUCAACUUCUUUUAUCACCUUAUUCUCAACGCAGACCAGGAAAAGUUGCAGGUUCUUCACUCCCAUACUGAGGAAUUGUAAACUAUGGGAACCUCAAUAGGGGGCAGCAGCAUAUCAAUCUGUACAGCAGAGGGCAGCACAAUAGAGUUAUACCAGGAAAAACCAAGCACAAAAAGAAUUCAAAGAAUAUUUACAGCUAUUGAAAAUUGUCAGCUAACAGUGAUAGACCAUUUUUGGUCAUUAAAUAUUCCAUAGAAAUAUACAAAAAAAUAAGUAUUAAUCAACGAUAAGAUAACCAUUCCAUGGUUUUUGAUACGGACAACAUUAUCCUUACAGUAACUGUUUUGAACUUUUUGUUCAUUUAUUCUGUUGUAAUUGUUCAGCUCUACAACAUCAGUGGGAGGUUGAAAAAACAGUAUUUAAAUACAUAUAUUGAAUGACAUAUUUAUUUACUAUUUAUUUGAUUCAAGUUGUUUUUCGGGUAACAGGGGUUUUAUUUGACAGUGUCUUAUUUGAAUAUAAGAUGAUUUUAUGCAAGCAAAGAAACAUAAAGAUGGAAUAUUUUAGCAUGAUUUUAACUUAGUCCAGGAUGUGUGCUCCAUAAUGCAGAAAAUUAUUUUAAAUGAUUAUUAACCAUUUUUUUUACAAAAAGAUUUAUGCUAUCUGCAUUAAUUAUUUGUUGUUAAUUAUUAAGUUGCAUUGAAAUAAUGCAAUUUGGUAGUUUUUGGUAGAAAUUAUUUGAUUAUCAUGUAAAAAAGGAUUUGGAAGGUAUUAUUGUCAAUUUCUAAGGGAAAUUUAAGAAAAGAUAAUGUAAGAAGUGUUGAGAACCUGCUAGAGAUAGUUUUGUGUUAUUGUAAAGAUGUGUAAGAAAAACAUUUUUAGGGUGAAAAAGUAGUGUGUGUUUAUUGUUGGGUUACCAACUUGAAACCUUGUUUGAUUUUUAUUUAGUUGUAGUAGGGGUCUAUCUAGCUAUCUACAAAAUAAGAGAGGGAGAGUUUUUUUUUUACCAGACAUUAUUAACUUAGGCUUUAAUUAUUUAAAUAUAACUAGAAAACUGAAUGAUAUCCAAAUAUUUUUUAAACAUAUUAAGUGAUUUAUUAUUGUUGUCAAGUGGCAUGCUGUAGGUGAUUGGUUAAUGUCAAUAGGAUAGAACUGUAGGUAAUUUUACUCAAUGUUAUUAAUGAAUUCUUUUAAUAAACAAUAAAGUAUAAUGGUUUUGACGAGUGCUAUGGUAUAGAUUUUGUGGUACUUAUAUUUUAUUCAGUUGCCAAAGAAAUUUUUGUAUUUGAAAAAAAAUAAUAAUAAUACAAGUGCAUUACAAGCUUUGGUAAACAUUGUACAUUGUUUGUUCUUAUGAACAGAAGUAAAAGAAUUAUGAAGGUGAUUUUAAAACAAUCACAUCAUAACUUGCGAUUUUUAGAAGCAUUUUAAUUAUCAUAUAAUGCUGUGAUUUGUGAAAGAAACCAUUCACUUAUUGACUUCAAAUAUAGAUUGAUAUCAUUGUGCUUGGAAACUGAAAUGAAGAGAAUUGGGAAAUGAAGCCAGAAUUAGAUUAUAUCUCAAAGAAAAUGGGAUGAAAUCUGGGAAUAUUUUGCACCAAUUAUUUGAUGCCUUUUAUUAUAAAUUCCUGAAUAUUCUUUAUGUAUCUCUAACUGUAAACUUAUGAUGAAAUAAAUGUUUUAUGUUAGA